AUGAUAAAAAGGAUUAACAGAAUGUCCAAAAAAACUGUUAUUAAUUGUUUUGAUGAAAAAUGUCAAACACAUUUAUAAAUCAUCAUUAAUGUUGUUAAAAUAUAAAAGAAAAAGAUAGCAGAAUAGAAGCAGCAAUUAACCUAAUUACUUGAAGAAGUUAAAUAGUUUAGAAAUAAUUAUGUUCUAUUUCAAGAUUAUAACAAAGAGAUUUAAACGAAAAUAAAAUAAAUUUUUCUUAAUUGUCUCGAAGAACAUAUUAAUAAAUUUGAAUAAUCGCUUUCGAAAACGGUUAACUUAUAAUAGAUGUAAAAUGAAUCAUUUAAAGAAUAUUUUGAUAGAAUAUACAUCAGUAUAUUAUCAAUUCAAAAUGAAAAAAAAAUGGCAGCAAUAUAACAGAAUAAAGAAAUCUUUGUGAUUUUCUCAAUAAUUUAAUAAUUGAGAUACAAGUAAAAUUCAGAAAGUCUAAGUGUUUACCCUCAGAAAAUGAAAUUGAUUAAGAAUAUCUGAUUUAAUAAUUAAAACAAUAUACCUAUAAGAAAAAGAGGAAGAAGGAGAUGAUGAAGAUGAUUUAGAAUCAAAUUAAAAAUUAGGAUUAUUUGAUGUGUUGAAGCAAAAGUAUAAGGAUUUUAAAAAUAAUGACGAGUGGAAAAAUGGUCUAAUUUUCACAAUUAUUUAUAUUUCAUCUAAUUGCUUCACCGAUACAAUUAUUUCAUUUUGUUAGAAAGCUCUAAUUUAAUUAUGGAUUUUAGAAAAAGAUUAAAGAGUUAGAAAUUUAUUAAAAAAUUAAACCCUAGUAAGUUUGUAAAUGUAGAUCUUGGAGAAAGAUUGGUAGACUUAACAUGAUAGAAUUGCAGAUGAUAUGUAAUAAAUGCUGAAGAGAAUAGAUGAAUUAUAAGAAUAGCUCAAAUUGAUAACUGAUUUUGUAAAUCAUAUCAGAAAAGGUUUGUUAAGAGUUGAGGGAAAAAUAAAUUAAAUGAAAGAGUAACUCAACAAAAUGGGGAAUGAUAUUAAAUUUUUGAGAGAAAAAUCGGUAAUAUAACUACUUGAAAUUAGAAUAUGGAAGGUAUUGAAGGAAGCAGCAGAAAAAAUGUUAAGUCCAUCUAUGUACCAUUAAAAACUCAAGAGAAGGAUAAAAAUGAAGUCAGUAGAUUGAUGAAUUUUGAUUAAUUUUAUGAUAAAGCUGGAGAAGUGAAUGAACAGUAUUAUUAAUUCAUAGAUUAGCUGGAUCUGGCAAAAGUACUACAGCCAAAAAAAAUUGAAGAGUUUAUUUUGGAAAUUACAUGAUAGUAAUAAAAAAAUUGGGAAUUAUGUAUUAAUGCCUGUUUAUAUUUCAUUACGCUCUUUAAAAAACCCUGUUUUUUAAGCAGUAGAGGAAUCGCUUAAAUAAGAUGAUUAUGGGUUUGAUGAUCUCUAAUUGAAAGAAUGUAAAGAAAUGUUGUAAAAGAAAGAAUUCCGAUUCAUAUUUAUCAUGGACAGUUAUGAUGAAAUGAAGUUAGAGAAUAUUUAGAAAAAUUUAUAUAUUAAUAAUAAGCUCAAAUAAAAUUGGUCAGACCCUCUUGUUAUUUUUACCACCAGAAGUGACAUUUUUACUAGCAACAAUUAUGCCGACUGGUUUGCUUCUGAAGAUAAAUAGAAAUUUAAAGAAAUCUAGCUUCUUCGUUUUGAAGAGAGUUAAAAAUAAGAAUAUCUUAAGAAAUUUACUAUUUAAAGUAUUAAAAUGUUAAUUUUUGAUAUACAUGAAUGGUAAAUGUAAACUUAAAACCAAAAAGCUCUGGAUUUUAAAAGAUUUGAACAGAGUUGGGAAAAGGUAUAGUCAUCAUUAUUGAAAUUCGAUGAAGCUAGGUGGAAAUCUAAGACUCUUUUGAAUGAAAUAUAAAUAAUCAGUAUUUUAUAAUGUUUGUUUGAAAGAUGAUAAGUUAAUUGCAAUGAAGCUAUAAGAAUCUUGAGCAUAAAUUUACAAAAAAUUAUGGAGUUUUAAAAAGUAUGAAGAUAUGAUGACCUUGGUAAUUCUAAAUAAAUUAGUGGAAACUCCAUAUAUGAAGGAAAUUAUAGUGUAAGUGUUGCCCAACACGAUUCUUAAAGCAACUGAGAUUAUUAACAUUAAAUAAACCUUUUUGGAGAAUUUUUCAAAGAUUUUGAUAAAAUUCUUCAUAAGUAAAUACAGAAUUCAGAUGUAUAAAUCGCAACCCAAAAGGCAUCUGUAGGAGUCAAUAAAUGAAGUUAAUAAAAAAUCUGAAGCAGAAAUUUAAGUUGAUUAUGAUGACUUCUAGGAAGUUACUCAUAACGAUUUAUACAACUUGGAAAUUAUUGAUUACCAUUAAAUUGCUUUUGAAGUUUGGAAUAUUUUGGAAGAAAAUUUGAUACCUUAAUAAUUGUAAAUUUCUUAAGAAUCUGAAGGACAUAAAUAACUUUAAAUAUUUUUUGAAACUAAUCUUUUGUUACCAAAUUAGAUAUUAAAUAAUAUAAAAAUUUAAUAGGAAGAAAUAAUCUAAUUUGUUAAUGAUGCAUUAAAAGAAUACAAUCUUACAAUUUAUGACUUUUAUUGUGAGUUUAUCAAUUAUUACCACUUGAAAUAAAUCGAAAAACAGAGAAACUUAGGAGAAUCUAUAGAUACUGAUCGUUUUAUGCAUGAUCUUUUAGAAUACUCAAUUAGAUUUACAAAAACAAUGUGUAAGAAUCAACUGACAUAAGUUUAAUAUAAGUAGCAAGGAUUUUUAUAUUAAAAUGCUAGAACAAAAGAACAAUCGCUAAAUGAAUUUUUUAAUUAUGAUGAUUAAAACGGAGCUUAGAAAAAAGAUAUUAGAAGUUAUUCACUUGUCUAAUAAAAAGGUGCCAAUUUUUAAUUUACCCAUAAAUCAAUAUAAGAGUUCUUGAUUGCAGCUGAUUUAUAUGAGGUUUUUGUUCAACCAAAACGUUUUGAUACAUAAAUAUUGAAUAUUAUAAUAGAAAUAUUGUCAUAAGAAAAUAAUCAAGAUUAGGAUUGCUUACAGUUUCUGGAAAAUAUAGAUGUAAAAUAUUCUAAGACUUUUAAUUAAUAAGAAAAUAUAUCACUUUUUUAAAAAUAAAAAAAAUUUGAUACUUUUAAAAAGACUAUUAAUUCAAUUACUCAUAUGAUCAUAGCCAUAAAAGAACAUGAUAUUAAUUCUGUUAAUUUUUCGUCUUAAAUCUAUGCUGAAACAAGAUAAUAUCUCAUUUAAAAAAUAUCGCACGAUGACAGGAUGAUAGAAUUUUCGAAAUUCUUAGUGAAUCUUAUGAAAAUCUAUAAACAUUUUAUUAUAAGUGGAUCUAAUGCACUUAAUAUAUUGGUUGAAAUGAAAGUUGAUCUAACAAAAUAUAAUUUUUAAAAUAUAUAAAUUUAAAAUACUUCAUUAUUUGGAGGUAAUUUUGCAAAAUGCAAUUUAUCUAAAUCUAAAUUUAAGAAUGUGAAUAUCAAUGGAAUUAACUGA